AUGACGGCCAUUGACUCUCUACGCAAGAUACUCAUCACGGCACAGCUCUUCACACGCCACUCAACACCACGCUGCUCUACACACGACGCUAAACAUCACACAGCUCUACACACUACACUUAACACCACACUGCUCUACACAAGACACUCAACACCAAACAACUCUGCAAAAGACACACACCAAUACAUUGCUCUACACACGACACUCAACACCACAAAGCUCUACACUCGACACUCAACACCACAAAGCUCUACACACGACACUCAACACCACAAAGCUCUACACAAGACACUCAAUACCACAAAGCUCUACACACGACACUCAACACCACACAGCUCUACACAUGACACUCAGCACUACAAAGCUCUCCACAAGACACUCAACACCACAAAGCUCCACACAAGACACUCAAUACCACAAAGCUCUACACACGACACUCAAAAACACACGGCUCAACACACGACACGGAUGCAGUUAAUGGCACAAAUUAUAUUCGACACACGAUAUUCAACACCACACACCUCGGCACACAACACUCAACACCACACAGCUCGACACAAGAAACCACACAGCUAUACACAUGACACUCAACACCACACAGCUAUACACACGACACUCGACAUCACACAGCUCUACACACGACACUCAACACCACACAGCUCUACAAACGACACUCAACACCACACAGCUCUACACACGACACUCAACACCACACAGCUCUACACAAGACACUCAACACAACACAGCUCUGCACAAGACACUCACCACAACACAGCUCUACGCACGACACUCAACACCACACUGCUCUACACAAGACACUCAACACCACACAGCUCUAAACACGACAGUCAACACCACACAGCUCUACACACGACACUGAACACCACACAGCUCUACACACGACACUCAACACAACACAGCUCUGCACAAGACACUGACCACAACAAAGCUCUACACACGACACUCAACACCACACAGCUCUACACACGACACUCAACACCACACAGCUCUACACACGACACUCAACACCACAUAGCUCUACACACGACACGCAACACCACACAGCUCUACAAAAGACACACACCACAACACAGCUCUGCACACGACACUCAAAACCACAAAGCUCUACACACGACACUCAACACCACACAGCUCUACACACGACACUCAACACAACACAGCUCUGCACACGACACUCAAUACCACACAGCUCUACACAUGACACUCAACACCACACAGCUCUACACACGACACUUAACACGACAAAGCUCGAAACACAACACUCAACAUAAAACAACUCGAUACAUGAGACUCAACACCACGCAUUCGCGUCACGACACUCAGCAUCACACAACUUGA